AUGCAAGCAACUCAACAAGUCAACUCGUUUAAUAGCGUUUCUGGUCAGUAUUUAUACUCCAAUGAUAAUUCACCAUUCUCAAAAUUAGACGAGAAGAUACCAAGAAGUACAUCAUUAGAUAUCAAUGAGACUUCAUUACAAUUAUUAGAUGAGAUUGAUCCUACAUUUUGGUCUUUAGAAACUUUUUUAAAAGCAGCAGAUCAGUUUAUGUAUUAUAGAGAAUUAUCGUUUCCACAAUUAGUUAAAAGUUAUACAGCAUCACUAUGUCUUCAAAGCUUUCAUAAAAAUGAUCAUUACUAUGAUAAAUCUUUACUUUUUGAAGUUCCAUAUAAUGUUAUUCAAGAUCUUUUAUAUCAAUCACAUGUGCAUCUUGAGCAAUUGAAAACAACAGGAUCAAAAAUCAAAUAUAGAAAGAUUAAUGAUGUUAAAGAUUCUCUUGUCAAAUUAGGAAAUUUGCUGAACCAAAUCAAUGGUUCCUCACCUUCGGCUGAAGCUUCAGAAUAUUAUCAAUCAAGACAUUGGCCAAAUGAAUCUAGUAUUUCAAAUGUUGUUCAUUUUGUUCAACAAUAUAAUGAAUUGUUUCCAUUGAGAAAGAAAGGUGAAAGGGCUACAACAUGCCUUGAAAAUUUGAACAAUGAGUUGGAACAUGUUUGUAAGGUUUAUUUUGGAUCCACUUAUAAUACUACAUCAUUUAAUUACUUUGGCGGAAAUUUCAAUUCAUUUGUUUUCAAUAUUUAUGGUGAAGUACAAAAGUGGUAUAGUGGAUAUUCGGGAACCCCAACAACACCAAGAAAGAGAUCAAUUGAUCUUGUUGUGGACUUUGAAGUUCAAGAUGGUAACCUUGCAUUGGGAGAUGCUAGUACAAUUUUGUUUAAUUCUUCGCCAAUUGUCAGAAAGAAGAGUGAAAUCAGAAAAAGAAGAAGAUUUAGUGUUGCAUAA